ACGGAAUUAAUUUCUGGGGAAAACAGAAGAAAAGAAGUUGCGCGCAGGAUCACGGAGAGAGCGCGUGAGAGGUGGGCUGUGGACGAUGGAUUCAACGGACUCCACCAGCCCAUCCGCUUCCACCUCCGCCACUGUCGACGGCGUCGCUUCUCCGGAGGAAUAUUGCAUGACAUCUAUAAGUGAGGAUCAUGAGAGGCCAUGUUGGGGGUGUGGGCUUCGCUUACUUGUUUCCCCAUAUGCACGGGCUUUCAAGUGUGCUUGGUGUGGAGCUAUUACAAAUGAUGAUUUAGUUAAAAGUGAUAACAAAUGCUUCAAGGCGAAACGCUUGAGAGACCGAUUCUUUGUCGUUAUUCUCAUUACAUUCAUGGUCUUCAUAAUAUGCGGUGGAAUUUGGGCUGCUUAUCCGAUUAUCUUCUCCAUCAAUUAUUAUAAUGGUGUUUUCCACCUUAUCAUAGCCGUAACUCUGUCCAUAUCUACCAUGUCCACAUUUUUCCUCACUGCAUUUCGAUCUCCUGGCGCUCCUCCUAACAUAUUGUGGGGUAGCUAUCCUGCAGUGGGAAAAGGUGGUCUUGAGAACUAUACAUUCUGUCACCACUGUUCGAAGCCAAAGUCACCUAGGACACACCACUGUCGAUCUUGUGGGAUGUGUGUUUUGGACAUGGACCAUCACUGCCCCUUUAUUGGCAACUGUGUUGGUGCAGGAAACCACUUGUUUUUCAUCAUGUUCCUCAUAUCAGCAGUGAUCAGCACGGUCUACGUCACAUUCAUGUCCGCUUAUGCAGCAUACCACAGCUGGCCACCUUUCAGCCACCGUGCCGCCAUCCAUCCGUGGGCCCGAACACUUGACGAUGGGAUGUUCCUCGCAACACUGAAAGAAUUCAUGGCCGCCUUUCUGAGUUCAUUGUUGUUUCUGGAGACAAGAGGGAUUGUUCUACUGUACUUGUUCAUUUGUAGUGUCUCUGUGGAGAUAGGGUUAAGUGCGCUCUUGUGGCAGCAGCUCUUCUACAUUUACCAGGGCAAGACCUACUUGAGCCAUUUGCGCUCUUCUUCGCAUGAGACCAGCGACGAAACUGCAACAAAGGGGUGCGAAAACGUCACUCGCUUCUUCGGAUGCCCUUACAGCGCAAAAAGAUAUCUGCCAAUGUUUGUGAGUUCUAGUAAUAAGAUUCACAAGAGGUGAAAAAGCUUGAAGAAGAAUUACUUGGCUAAUUAUAUCUCUCCCCUUUAUGUUGAUUUGUUGUAUUAUUGUAUCACUUUUUUUUUUUGCUAACUCUUUGAACCCUUUUGCAGAUUGGGUUCUGGUUGUAGCCCCUUGAUUUUGACACAUUCCAUUUUUGUUGGAUACUUGGAAGUAUGGUAUUCAAAAGUUUGUAAAUUUGUAAAAUUGUUCUUGAUAAUGUUUUGUAGUAGGGGUGUGUGUGACCAUCAGAAGUAUUUAAAGAUUGUGAUAAUUUUUUUUUAGAAUUGUAUUGCACAUCAUUAUGAACAUGAU